AACCCUCAGGGCCACGGCUGCUUUAUCCUACAUGUGAGUACAGUACAGGGCUUGUCUACUCUCUCCAUUACCCUCCUCUCCUCCAAGAUUUCAAAGACAUCAGCGCACGCCUCUCCACAACAACGCUCUGCUGCGGCUGCUGGCAUCAUUUCCACGGUGACACUCUCUCAGUGGGAGAAUCUCCUAGGUGACGCCCUCUAUUGACACGCCUAGAGGUGGCUGGUGCCUUUUUGUAGGCAGGUGCAUCCUGUGUAGGGGCAGACGGAGUAGCCUGACACAGGUCUUUAUGUUUUGCUGUUUUCCUCUGUGUGGGAACACCAAUGCAGCUCCAUAUCUGCUGUGGAAGAGCAGACACUGGAGAUAAGAAUAUCGGGGAGUUUGCAUUUGUUUUGCAAAUUGUGACUCCUCCAUUGAUCCAAAGUUGGGCGAUGAAAUUCACAUGAAUUCAAGAUUUCAGGACUGGUUUUUGACACAGAUGUAACCUUCAGCUGGUUGGAUAUUUUCUGUUUAAGCUGCAAAGCAAGGCUCGAGGGGCCCGCUGGAUUCAGAAGCUGACCUUGGACGGACCAUGGAGGGGUUUGGUUUUGAGCACUUUGGUGCAGAUGGAGCGGGGGAGACGAGCCAGGAGGUGGAUUAUCGGAGAAUUGUAGGAGAUACUCAGCCGCCACGUACCGAUGUUUCAACUCCCAAAUGUGAACAGUAUGUGCGGCAAACCUCACAUGAAACUGCGGCCCAGCGAUACAGCGCCACACGAAUUCAGGCCGGUCUAGGCCCAGAGAGCAUGGCCGAUUACUUAAUCAGCGGUGGCACAGGCUACGUCCCCGAAGAUGGUCUCUCUGCUCAGCAGCUCUUCUCGAUUGGAGACGGCCUCACGUACAACAGAUCUGACCAACAGUGCGUUGACUCCGAUGGUCAUACGGCUGAAGAGCUAUGCUCUAAAGGAGAUGGGUUGACUUACAAUGACUUCCUGAUUUUACCUGGCUUCAUCGACUUUACCUCAGACGAAGUGGACCUGACAUCGGCGCUGACCAAGAAGAUCACACUGAAGACCCCUCUCAUCUCCUCUCCCAUGGACACUGUCACAGAGUCGGCCAUGGCCAUCGCUAUGGCGCUAAUGGGAGGCAUUGGCAUCAUUCACCACAACUGCACGCCAGAAUUCCAAGCCAACGAAGUCCGCAAGGUCAAGAGGUUUGAGCAGGGUUUUAUCACAGACCCAGUUGUGAUGAGUCCGCGCCACACAGUUGGGGAUGUGUUUGAGGCCAAAGUAAGACACGGUUUCUCCGGGAUUCCUGUCACGGAGACGGGCAAAAUGGGCAGCAAACUGGUUGGAAUCGUCACCUCCCGAGAUAUUGACUUCCUGUCUGAGAAAGACCAUGACAAACACCUGGAGGAGGCCAUGACAAAGAGGGAGGAUUUGGUCGUGGCUCCAGCUGGUGUUACACUGAAAGAAGCCAAUGAUAUUCUGCAGCGCAGUAAAAAAGGCAAGCUUCCCAUUGUAAAUAAUAACGACGAGCUGGUGGCCAUUAUCGCCAGGACGGAUCUGAAGAAGAACAGAGACUACCCACUGGCCUCCAAAGACUCACGCAAACAGCUGCUGUGCGGCGCCGCCAUCGGCACCAGGGAGGACGACAAAUACAGACUGGACCUGUUGGUGCAGGCUGGAGUGGAUGUUGUUGUGCUGGACUCUUCACAAGGCAACUCGGUGUAUCAGAUCAACAUGAUAAAUUAUAUUAAACAGAAGUAUCCAGAAUUGCAAGUGGUGGGAGGAAAUGUGGUUACAGCAGCCCAGGCCAAGAAUCUGAUCGAUACUGGUGUCGACGCUCUGAGAGUUGGCAUGGGCUGCGGCUCCAUCUGCAUCACACAGGAAGUCAUGGCAUGUGGGCGGCCCCAGGGGACCUCAGUGUACAAGGUAGCAGAGUAUGCCAGGCGCUUCGGUGUGCCAGUCAUCGCCGAUGGCGGCAUUCAGACUGUGGGCCAUGUGGUGAAGGCUCUGUCUCUCGGGGCCUCGACUGUUAUGAUGGGCUCGUUGCUAGCGGCAACCACUGAGGCUCCAGGGGAGUACUUCUUCUCAGAUGGCGUGCGGCUGAAAAAGUACCGUGGCAUGGGCUCCCUGGAUGCUAUGGAGAAGAGCACCAGCAGCCAGAAGCGCUAUUUUAGUGAGGGCGACAAUGUGAAGGUAGCCCAGGGUGUGUCAGGCUCAGUCCAGGAUAAAGGCUCCAUCCAUAAGUUUGUACCUUACCUGAUAGCUGGUAUCCAGCAUGGCUGCCAGGACAUCGGGGCGAAGAGUCUUUCUAUUCUCCGUUACAUGAUGUACUCUGGAGAGCUGAAGUUUGAAAAGAGGACCAUGUCUGCACAGGUGGAGGGAGGAGUUCAUGGACUCCACUCUUACGAGAAGCGGCUUUACUGAGCAGGGGGGAUGGAUCGCAGAUCAUCGGUGCACGUGACAUACCCAAUCUUAACAGUGACCAAAUGUUAAAAACCGCCACUUCUGCUAAAAAUACGCACCACCCACUACACCCUCUCUGCCCCCUCUCCUCCGUCGUAUCCCACCGUUACUCACUCUCUCUCCGAUCCCCGGCCCGCUGCUUUCGGGAAGAAAGAGACGUAGUAGCGAUGUGAGAAUCUCCAAACUGACACCUGGGAUUUUUGCACUCAAGAAGCGGCGCAUCAGGGUUUUUCCAAAAUGACAUACACACACCUUUAUCUUGAGUAUGCAGCUGAUCCCAGUUUAGUGCGUGUGUUGUUGACAGUAGUGAGAGAAUGAAUGCGUGUUUGGCGUGUGUGAUGUAGUUAAAAAUGUGUCAUGGGACAAACAACGUGAAGGUGCACUGUGUUUAUUUGUCCUGUUCAUGUUAGUGAGUCUAAACCAGCCAUGGUGCAGAUCACAUCAGCAUCUAAUGCGGCUUUUUUUGGGAUCCACGCUGACCAGCAUGUUCCCCGUCUGAAGCCUGUCACACCCCAGCUAUUUAACACACCUGUACGUGAAGAACACACUCUGUGCAGCGUGUCAGUGUAUCCUGGCAAUCUUCUAUUUUUGUUUUUGCAAUGUUACAGGUAGAAGCUACUGAAUGAACAGUAGCUCUUAUAUUUUGUUUACUUCCUUUAUUGCGGAUCCCGAGGUACGAGACAUGGCCGUGACUAUUAUCCUGUCGACUUUGUGUCCACCCCUACGAUCAGCAGUAAGGACCCAGACCCACAGUUCACCACUGUGGACGUUCAUUUCCCCUUCAACGACAUCAUGACAAAUAAUCAGCGUCCCAUCUCAGUGCAUAGUGUUCAUAUGUUGAGCAUGGAAGGGACCAAAAGCUGAAGAUCAGGUAUGUUUGAAAGACCUAAAAAUCAAAUCAAAAAAUAGUUCCUAAUGAGGACUAUUUCUCUGGCCGAAAUUUGAAUACUUUUAGAUAAAAGCAAACUUUAUAUUAAACCUGUAUAGUCUCGGGGGGCUUUGAAAUCGAGCAUGAAGUGUUUUUGAUAUGCAUGUUUGUUUUUUCACGAAGCCGAAACCUGGCUGUAUUUAUAUUCUGCUUUGUUGUAAUUGCAUACAUACUGCCAAGUGUCUUUUCUUUUGUAAUUUCAAAACCAAAAUUGGCGCAACGAGUCGCUUGUUACCCCUCGUCUCUUGUCCAUUCCUGCGUUCUCACAGUGUGGCAUAGGUUCUCAGCGAUUAGGUUUAUUUUAUUUCUUUUUUUUUUUAAUUUACCGGAGAUAUGCCUUGAAACGCGGAUGGAUAAAGGCUGCACACAACAGCUCAGUGAAAAAGCAUAGUGCUACACACCCUCUCGCCUCUUUUUCUUACUUUGAAACAGCUGUGUUUGUUAUCAUUCAGCUUCUGUAGGAGUAGGCUUUUCUAACAUUUUCAUACUGGAUGUCCUUUUGGCCAGAUGUAAUUUUUUCUUUCUUUCUUUCUUUUUCUUUUUUUUUUUUUUUAAUAAAAUGUCCUAG